GAGUACAUUAAUUUUUAUUUUAAACUUAGAAUUUUUUAUUAGUAUUAGUUUAUAUUUCUGCUGAAUGUGUAUUACUGGAAGCUAGGAACGAUGCCUCUCGCCAAUGCGACGGAUCCAUGGCGAAUGCAGGGUGGAGAUGUUACACGUGGCAUUACAUCACAGGCCACAAACAGUCUUCCAAUAGUAGUUGAGAAUGCUGCAGAGUCUCGACAAACAUCUACAACAGAAAGUCUUGAGUCCAACGCAUCCAUAAGUGAGCAAAACUAUGAAAGAGAAGUGGAAUUACAGGAUGUUGUCAAAGAAGGCCAUGAAAAAGCAGACCCUUCUCAGUUUGAAUUGCUCAAAGUCCUUGGGGAAGGAUCCUUUGGCAAAGUUUUCCUAGUUAGAAAAGUCAGUGGUCCAGAUACUGGUACUCUAUAUGCUAUGAAGGUUUUAAAGAAAGCAACACUAAAAGUUAGAGAUAGAGAACGUACGAAAAUGGAAAGAAAUAUUUUAGUGGAAAUGGGACAUCCAUUCAUUGUUAAACUACAUUAUGCAUUUCAAACUGCUGGCAAACUGUAUUUAAUAUUAGAUUUCUUACGUGGAGGUGACCUAUUCUCACGUUUAAGUAAAGAGGUAAUGUUCACAGAAGAAGAUGUUAAGUUUUACUUAGCUGAGUUAGCAUUAGCAUUAGAACAUGUGCAUAAAUUGGGAAUUAUAUACAGGGAUCUCAAGCCAGAGAAUAUUUUAUUAGAUGCUGACGGGCAUAUUGCUCUGACUGACUUUGGUCUAUCCAAAUUGCCUCCUAGCGAUAAAGCUUACAGUUUCUGUGGCACUGUGGAAUAUAUGGCUCCUGAGGUUGUUAACAGAAAAGGGCAUACUAUGGCUGCUGAUUGGUGGUCUUUCGGUGUUCUUAUGUUUGAGAUGUUGACUGGAAACCUACCAUUUCAUGGCUCUACUAGACAUGAAACUAUGACACAAAUACUUAAAGCAAAACUUGGUAUGCCUUCUAAUUUGAGUGAGGAAGCACAGUCACUGCUUCGAGCAUUGUUUAAACGAAAUCCACAUAACAGAUUGGGCGCUGGACAAAAUGGCAUUGAAGAUAUAAAGGACCAUGAGUUCUUUUCAAACAUUGAUUGGGAUGCUUUGUUAAAAAAAGAGGUUGUGCCCCCUUUCCGGCCCGCGGUAUCACGCGCAGACGACGCGUUCUACUUCGAUUCGGAGUUCACGUGCCGAACGCCGAGGGACUCGCCUGGUGUGCCAGCAUCUGCCAAUGCUCAUGAGCUAUUUAGGGGAUUUAGUUUCGUAGCACCUUGUCUACUGAACGACGACAAUAACAAAACCGUGACAAAUCAAAAUCAAAACCAUGUAGCUCCAACGAAAACUUCAACCGAAGAAUUUUGGUCGGGAUUCGUGAAUAGAAACAAUUUCUUCGACGAGUACAGAUUAAUGGGUGAAUUAGGUACGGGAUCGUUUUCAGUGGUCCGACUGUGUGAGCACAAAACAUCGCGCACGCAAUACGCAGUUAAGAUCAUGGACAAGUUGCAAUACGAUCCAAGGGAAGAAAUCGAAAUUCUAUUGAGGUACAGCCAACACCCACACAUAAUAACCCUUCGUGGCGUGUACGAGGAAGGUGGUCGGAUACUGGCUGUGACGGAGCUUUGUAGAGGUGGUGAACUAUUGGAGUACAUUACGCAACGACGCUACUUAUCCGAGCGGGAAGCCGCGCCUAUACUACGCAAUGUACUACACGCUGUGCAUUAUUUACAUCGCCACACAGUUGUGCACAGGGACAUAAAGCCCUCGAACAUCUUAUUCGCGACAGCGGAUCGUCGAGCGGCCGACGUAAGGCUGGUGGACUUUGGGCUAGCGAAACAACUGAGGGCCGAAAACGGUCUCCUAAUGACACCGUGCUAUACCGCUAACUUCGUUGCCCCAGAGGUGCUCAAGCGAGCUGGGUACGAUGCCGCUUGCGAUAUCUGGAGCCUAGGUGUGUUGGCGUAUAUCAUGCUCUCCGGUAGAACGCCUUUUGCGUCUACGGGAGACGAUACGCCUGAAGCAAUUUUAGCAAGAAUAGAGUCCGGAAAGGUGGAAACAUCAGGCGGUGCCUGGCGACACGUAUCAACAGAAGCACGAGCGUGCGUACGACGCAUGUUGCAACUCGAACCCGCGAUGCGACCGCGGGCUCAAGAGUUAUUGCGUGAACCCUGGAUCAGUCGCGAUGAUCCCGACCCACCUUCCUCAGCGCCCCGGUCGAACCCGACCGAUGAUGAGCCCCCGCAGCAAGACUUGAGGAGAGCUGUGGACCUUACAUUCCAGGCCAUGACGUCGGCGCCAAUGACGCCACACAUAUUGGGCCCCGUGACGCAGUCGACUCUUGCCCAGCGAAGAAUCAAACCACAACGCCGAUUCCCGCCUACACAAGUAUAAAUAGAGAGGUAUACUAACAAAUUGUAGAGACCCUUGCAGUUGAAUUGCCGAUCAUUACAUCUGACCCAUGUUACUUUUUUGACUAUUUACGUUUUUUUAAAAAAGAUAAAUAAGGUCUGUGGAUUAUGAGUACAGUCAGUUUGCAGACAUUGUUGAUGUUUUCUAUGAAAUAAUUAAUCGAUAUUGGUUAAAUAAAUAUUGACUGCAAAUUUAUAUAAAUUAUAAAAAUAAAUGAAAGCACAAACAAGUUUUUUAUGAACUUGAGAGAAUAUCAAUUGUUACACAGCAAUAUACUACAAUGAAAGUACAAAUUGCACAGAGAAAUGAAAUAUAUUU